AGUUGGUCUCUCUUGUGUGUAUGCCUCAAUCCUAUGUACGUCUGAGCCGUAAGAGCGUGUGUCGAUAUUACUGUCGUGCGGCUACAACAGCGGCAGGGGUUACCUGUCCUGUUGACUUUGAGUUGGAUUCUGCAGGAGAACUCACUUGCCUGCCUGUCUGCCUGCCUGCCUGUAUCGUUCAACUUAUGUUUAUCAGGCUGCUCCUGCUACUGCUACUGCUAAUGUGUCUGUAAUCGCGGCGACGGCCUACAAACGCGAUUGCGACAACCGCUGCUGCUGUUUCUCCAUUGCUGUGGCUUCGCUGUUGUUGUUCGUUAGCCUACCGCCCGGUCGCUCGUCUGUCUGUCGGGUACACCCGACUAUUCCGUAUUAUUAUUGUUAUUAUUAGUAUCGUUGUGUUAUUUCUAUUCGCAAUGGCAGUAGGCAGAGAGCUGGUGCUGAUUGUGUAUUGAGUGUUAGUUCGAGUGUUGAGUGCUACGGAGUGUGGGUGAUGUAUGUUUGUGUCUGAGUAUGUUACUGCUAUUGUGAUCACCACUACAGCAGUAGCAGCGGCUACGGUGACUACUCAAAAGAGUGUCAGGAGUACGGAUGAUCUUAUUCUGUGGUUACUCGAAAAUAAACCUAAAAGGGAUAAGAUUAGCGCGCUCGAUAGCGUAGGACAGCGAACGAAAAAUGGCACCCGUUAAUGGUUUUUACUUCUUACUGCAACGAUCAGCACUGCUACAACUCCCAUUAGAAAAGUGUAGUACCGAACGGGUUCCCGAAUAAGCUGCCGCUGCGGCCACUGAUUUACCGUUUCUAUCGGUACCUGCUGUCGCUGUUCCCUGCCCGUUCAAUUGUAGGCGCAUCUGCUGGUUGAGUCGUACUAGAAAUCUCGAACUGGCUUUGUCAUUCCGCUGUUAUACUGAAACAAGAAAAAAAUUACGGGCAGCGGCGAAGUACACGACAACAGACUGUAUUCAAUAGAUGGUACCUAGUUAUCCAUCGGUAACGAUACCAUCCAUGAUUGCUGUUGUUAUAGGCGUGCAUGCAUGCGUGCGUACGUGUGUGCGUUUGUGUACGUAUGCACAUGAACCAGGACGGCUCCCGAAUGGGUUGCUCUUUUUCGAAGGGUCAUUUUGCAAACUAAUAAACUAAUAGAAAACUGUGACAAGAGGCCUCGUCUGGUUUCCGACAGCGGCAGCACAUCGACUGUACCGGAAAUUACAACUGUCAUCAGUGGUAGUUGACGACGAUAACAAUUACGUGAGGCAGUAAAGGCAAUAGCCGCCGAUGGAAACGUCAGCAUCAACAUCAGCAAACAAUCAACGAGACAAGCUUCUGGGAAAAGUAGCGAGGUGACGUUGUGGAUAAUCGCCUGACCUGUAACCCGCUUCCGCUAUAACCCCCAUGCCAUCCUUAUUCCUUCAGGAAUAAAUGCACUUGUUAGUUCAUCUGUGUCGUAUUUACACUUUUAGAUUCCGGUCCCACUUUUUCGCCUGUGGUUCUAUUUAAUCAAUCUAAGUAAAUCUCUAUCGAUUUGUAUGGUUGCCUUGUGCAACGAGACUGCUCGCUAAGCAGGCAAUAAAGGCACACUAACCGUCAAUUUCGAACAAACUAAGGUCGGUCCCUUCGGUUUAAUGCUCCAUUUUUCUGCUGCAGCUAAAAAGUUGCAGUUUAGGUAACCAACUCGCCGGGUGUUUCUCUGUUUUGCUCUUAGUGCAUCCAUCUGGCCUGUGUGCGUGACGGUUUCCGGCAGUGGUCAGCUGCCCGCCGAUCUGCUUCUCUACCCGUGUUGUAGUACAUAGUAGCAUAGGUUGGGGCAGCUGGUCACGGUGUUCUAAUCGCUUCACCGUGUAGUCAGGUCAAUGAAUUCGGGUCAAUAGACAACUCCUGAGUCGGCUAUGCGCAAAAGAAGACCGGAGGAAGUUGCUGCCUAAUAUGCGUGAAUGCAUAGCACGUCUAUAGCUCAUGACCACCUACGGGAACGGCGAACUAUAGCGACGACAGACGCCAACGAUGGCGAUAUUGUCCACGAGGACGCGAUCAGCUGUGUCGAUCGUUGUGUGCAUAAUAGCAAAUUACUUGUAAUAAUAGGAAGAGAAGUGGAUAUUUCACAAGAACAAUCUGAGCUAUGGACGACCGGCUAGGUUGACAGAUCGUGCUGUGAAACAGACAAUUAUUUAUGACCUAUAGACAGUGAGGUCCUGCAUCAAGAUAGAUAUAGUAGAGUUCACAGCUAGAACGAAGUGUGAUUUCGCCGAUGGAUUAAGUGUGAAUUCGUACCAGAAUUAUCCAUUUGCUAGAAAUUCUACCAAUCACUCAUCGGCUGAUGUGGUUAAAUCAAGCGCUUGAUGACGUUUUUCUCAAGCCCGCAUAUGUGUGGCAAGAUCUACAUCAGCUAAGAGAUAGAGCUCACUACUCGGCAAAUACCCUUCAACUACUACUGCUGCUCGCGCAGUCGCUUUUAUAGCAAACCCAGGUAUAGGACUUGUCAGUGCCAGAAUGGGUCAGCACGUAUCUCGUAAUGACUUUGAGUGGACCUACAGUGAUGAACCGCAUGCCACGCGGCGCAAGGAGAUUCUCAAGAAACACCCCGAGAUAAAAAGGCUUAUGCACCAUGAUCCUCGGUUUAAAUGGAUCGUCGCUGUCCUGGUCAUUGUCCAAAUGCUUAUGUGCUGGAUGUUGUCCAGCGCUUCUUGGUAUACCUGCCUGGUUUUGGGCUAUUGUUUUGGGGAUCCGUCAAAGACGAACACGGGCGGUACGUCAGGUACGCCUGAAUCGGGAUCAUCACAAAAGAAGCGAGGCCGACCCCGGAGUUCCGCAUCGAGUGUAGGCCCUCUCGCGUGUGACUUCGAGGGUUGCGAGUACAGAGCCAAAUGGAGGAGUCACUUAGAGAUACAUCAACGGACGCACACCGGUGAACGGCCGUACAGCUGUGAACAUUGUGGCCGGAGCUUCUCACAACGCGGUCCGCUUUCUCGACACAACUGUACAGCGGAGGCGGGUCGUCGGGCUCGGCGCUCAUCUCAGCCCUCUGCUCCGCCAACGCCAGCCAUGCUCUAUCCGUUGGGGGCCCUUGGAGGACUUCCGCCGAUGCCCCUUUACCCUCUUCCGCCUCACCUUCAACCCUUGCAUCACCAUCAUCCACAUGUGCCUGCCCCUCAUCAUCCCGCCUUAAGCCAUAGUACACAUCACUUGCAUCCUCACCCGGCACACACGACUACGUCGGCGAGUGGCCACAGUCAUCCCAACCCACCUACAAAUGCUCAUCAUCACACUUCUUCCUCAGCUGCUGCGGCGGCAGCAGCAGCGGCAGCUGUGGCGGUGGCGGCAAGUCACACCCAUACAUCUGCCAUGGCCCACCAUACGCCCCCGCCAGGUCCGCCGGCCCCACCACCGACUCCGUCUACGGCGAGCAAUCGACAGCUUACAGUUCUACCAGGACCCGACCUACAGGAUAUUGCCGCUCUUCUAGGCAACGACAAUUAACAAAUCUCAGCAAGGUUUCCUUUAACCAAAACACAAACGAAAAUGCAGCACGAGAGUGCCAUUGUUUUCUGUAGGCCAGAAAUGAGAUAGUAAAACGUCAUGGCUGCUCAUAGUCUACUCACCUAUCCAUAGUAAGCAGUUUCAAUCAGCAACAGUCAUCAAACGAAAAUUUUCUCCCGGCAUUGUCACCAUGUAUUUAAUAAUGUUCCCCUAAUUCUAUGUACAUGUAUUACUUUUAUAGAGAUAUUUAGCUUUUCAUAUAGAGGAAUAUAUAUUGCACACACAAUUUGUUAUCAUAUAGUUGCAUAGAAGACUAACAGCAAACAAACAGAUAGGAAGUUUAAAAAAAACGUUAAAAAAUUUUAGAAAUAAUGUAAUAUAUCCUUAGUAGCUAGUAUAAUCAUGCAGAUAUAUGAAUGCAUCUUCGUCAUUUAUUAGUUCGUUUUUAUGAUGAAGUGAAGUAUUUUCACGUUUCGGAUCGGGCAAUACAAUUAGGCCAAUCGAUUUUUCUUUAUAUAGAUAGAAUAAACGACAGUGGGAGAAUUCAAAUAGGAACUAGUUCGAUUCCGACGACACAGAGGGUUCGCCACAAUGGCGUCUCCGGACAUUUGCGAAUGUUCAGUGAUCUAUCUAUAUCUUCCUUUGUACUGAACGUAAAGUGCUUUUCUCUAAGCGUAGAUGCCUUUCUGUACACUAAAUGCCUACUAUUAGGAUUUGCAAAGAAACUUACGCUCGAUGCCUUUACUAUUUAUGUUUUUGUAAAACCUGAUUUGAGUUAGAACAGCAAAAUAUCCCCAAGGUGAACAUAGCGAGAUUAGAUGCUUUGCUUAUUUUCGUUAUGAAAAGCCGAUUGAUUUGAGUUUUGUGAGCGAUCAAGGCAUUUCUCAAACCCUACCAUAUCGAAAACGCUCAACACCGUAGAAAUAGGACGACACCCGAGUGAACAUAUAGUGCAAUAGUGACGAUUUGGGAAGAGACUGUGUUGUUUUUGUUGCAUUGCGCUUUUGCCUAGACGUUGCUUCUGAGACCGUUCUAAUGUAUAUAUGCGAAUAUACAUUUUGUUUAUCAUUAUUGUUUCCUUCGAACCGUUGGCUGUAAUUCGUGUGAAGUCAUUCUUAUAUGUGUCUAUUCUCGUUUUUAUCUUAUCAAAUCAAUUUUCUGUUUAGGUUUUCUUUUGUUAACAUUCAGCCCCAGAAGCAAAAGAGAUCUAAGUGUUCUCGCUACUGUCGACGCCUGGCGCUUGAGCUCUCCGAUCUUUUGAAGAUUCCAAGACAAUUACCCCCACCAUCAGAUAACCAUCACAUAAUAAUGUAUGCACACAUAGAACGAAACAUGUAUGAGUAAAGCAUUAAUCAUUUUAAUGAGAUUUCCUUCCGGGUUAUUAGCUACGAGCUUCUCUAUUCGAUAGCACGCGACACUUAUCUGUGGCUACAAUAUUACCUGAGUUACAUUGGGCAAGACAGACGUAUUGUCUGCAGUUAGUUGUUGUACAAAUAAAACGCUGAAUUUGGGCCAUUAUUAUUUUCCGAACUCUGAAGUACUUCUUAAAACAACAGAGUCUCGUAUUUGAAAAUCUUAGUUUAAAACGUACCGUUGUUCUCUAGUGUAAAUAUUUGUUGCAUCGGCAACAUGGUGUUGCAAAUGGCGUGAGGUAACAUACCGAUGUACAGUUGUAAACCUACAAUUUGUUAAAAGAUCGAAGUUGAUUUUUUAAUCCAACAGCGUCAACUAUACACGCAUAUAUAUAUGUAUACAUAUAUAUACAUACAUAUAUAUACAUACAUAUAUAUAUUUACUGGUUUAACUAAUAUAGAACGCGGUUGAACUGUAUCGUAUACAUAAGUCCAUAUACGUUGUAUAAUACGGUAUAUACAUUUAAAUUAAUGAUGGUGUCACGAGAGAUGCGUAGAUGGUCUUGAUAAAAUAAACACAUGAAUAAAAUAUCGCGAAGUGAACUUUUUACUGCGUUCGUCUUUAUACAAUAUCAGCGUUACAUGUGUAAAACCUGCAAUUAAAUGAGAACAAUCUAAGUAGCCAGAGCUGCCUAAUCUAAAAUGAACUAGCUGGUACAAUAGCCCUUCUAGGAAGGCCGUUGGAAACUUAGUCGUACCAGCAAAUCAGAGCUAGGAAUAAAUAUAAUAGAAUAACGUUUUAAACGAGUUUUUCGAGACAACGACCAAGAAAUACCGACAUCAGACUAAAUGGUCUGUCUUUAGAAAAGCCCAGAACGCAUCUAGGUACAAGACGACAUCUUUAGCACGGUUCAUGUUCAUCUGAAUUAACGAAAGCAAACAUGAAAAUAAAUGAUCUGUCUUCAAUGCAUUCAUCUCCCAAGAAGUAUUGGUGCCCUGAAAUUACAGUUCUCCUCGUAGAAAGUCUAGACUCUAAGGGUUAGUCGGCAAGUUGAGGUGAGUGCGAUUAUCUGGUUGUGUAGUAUAUCCAGAGCGGCAAACAAUAUCGCAGAAAUAAACACCCACUGCUCAAACAUUACUUAAACACAUCUGCCGGACGCUGACCUUCAUGAAUUAAUGGAAAGAACGCAAAUUUUCUUAUGCUUUAGCUGAAUUUAGGCAGCAGUGAAAAACAACUUGCAGCGUUCCAAUUAAUUCAUGCAAACAAGGACAUGAUAAUAUCAUCUCGAAGGACAUAUCUAUACUAAUGUAGACGUUAGAACAUUGCAAGCAGCGGUUGCCUCUAACGACCCGUCUGAAUACGUAAUUGAUUCACAAAUAGGAAGCACGUUUCGACCUUUUGUCUGCUAAUCGUAUGAAAAUACCUAAUAAAUAACUGACACGAUGUACACCAAUGUAGAGUUGUUGCUACGUUUCUCUGAGACUGUCGCGGUUAAAGAAAUUAUGUGUAUAUAUAUAAAUGAACUUGUUCUGUUAGUUACCCUUGGUCUUGUCGCAAACCUUAACUUAUGUUAGUCACACCACUGUGAAAUGUCUGCUCUGCGCAUUGGAUACCCGGGACAUCUUACAGGCUUCGACUCCGACUCGACAGAACUCCAAUUACGUUUGAAAAUAUUUUUCGGGACAAGUCUAUAAGAACACUUUUUUACCUACUUUGUAAUAGACAACCUUUCUGUAACCGCUUUUAUGAUGAAAACUGAAAUUGUUGUCGGUCGAAGUUGCCUAUAAGCCGUCUCCAAACUUGUUGGUCUUUGAUUUAAAGUUAAUGAGCUAAUAGCUCUAUUCAAAGCUGAUAGUGGUGUUGAA